AUGGGUGAGAGAAAGGAUACUCUACGGGUUAUAAUCGCCGGUGCCGGCAUUGCGGGGCUUGCGACAGCGAUCUCAUUGUCACGAAUCGCUUCGAUUCCAAACAUAGACAUCCAACUUUACGAGCAAGCACCCGAGCUGCUGGAAAUUGGAGCCAGUAUUGCACUCAGCCCAAAUGGAAUGCGCACCUUGGAAAAGCUAGGAGUGGACAAGGCACUCACAGAUGAGUUUGGUUAUAGAGGACCAAGUGGCAUACCACAGAUCUUUCGUCACUGGAAGACCGACCAGGUUAUCUCGGUCGACACUCACACCAAUGUCCCCAACCCUCGCCAUCAUACCACUCGGUUCCAUCGAGGCCAUCUACAUGCAGCUCUUCUUGAGCAUGUUCCCAGAGAAUCUAUACAUUUAGGGAAGAAGCUUAACCUUGCGGAGGCUGAUAAAAACGGCGUCACUCUGCAUUUCGAGGAUGGGAGUAGUGCGCAAGGUGAUGUUUUGAUUGGGGCAGAUGGAAUUCGAUCGGUUGUUAGGAAAUCAUUCUUGCCUGACUACAAGCUCCGUUUCAGUGGAAAGGUCUUUAUGAGAUCAACAUUUGACGCAUCUUUGGUUGAAGGGAAAAUCCCCAAUUUACCUUCCGACUCCAUGCAUUGGUGGGGACCACGAGAUAAUUUCUUCGCGUCUAGACUUGGCAAGGACCAGUAUACAACAGUCGGGGCUUACGAUGAUCCUCGCACAGAAGAAGAGCUAGAAAACAGCAUUGCAUGGGAUCAACGUGGAAAUGUUGAGUUCCUAAGGGAGAAGUACAAGAACUGGAAUCCAACGAUCAGAGCCCUGACUGAACUCACGCCCCAUACCAAUUUAUAUCCGAACUUCGCCGGAGAUGCUCUCUCGACCUGGGUGUUCGGUUCUCGGGUCACUCUUAUCGGCGAUGCCGCGCACGCCCAUGGGGGUGCCUUCGCUGCUGGGGGCUCGUUGGCACUGGAUGAUACUCUUGCUCUUGGCCUUGCCUUUCGGCAUGUCUUCGGCUCUCAAACUUCCGAACAGCCUUUCUCGAUUGAGAAUAUCAAGGAGGCGUUGGGAUUAUACAGCAACACGAGACAGCCGCAUACAGCUCGUAUACUGCGUAUUGUUCACAAUCAAAUCGAUAAAAGAGGCGCGCAGUUUACCUCAGCCGAAGAGGAGGAUGAGGCGUUAGUUGCCAGAAUGAGAAGCAGGCCAAAUACGGAAUGGUUAUCGGAACAUGAUGUCGAGGCUGCUUUCGCAGCUACGCUUGAGCAUGCGGAUAUGAUAGAAGCCUCGGAUCAAGCACAAGCCUCGAAGAGCACAGAGCCAGUUCCAGAAUCGAGCUCUAGUACUAGUACUAGUAUACAGUUCAAAGGCAGCAAGCUAUAG